ACAUGUCUCCGCAGUCUGCAGUUUGACACCUCCGCUUCACCAGAAGGACGCACACACAGCGGCUGGUAAACACUUUAGCACCCGCUGGAGAACCGAGGACAUGGCGACCGGUGACAACACGGCAACCUUUGAGUCCUGGCUCAACCAGGCCACAGACCCCAACAAUGAGCAGGACAGAUGGGACUGCAUCCAGAGCUUCUACCAGCUUGUAGACCAGGAGACGGACGGACCACAGGUAGCCAUUCGCCUUCUUGCCCAUAAAAUCCAGUCGCCACAGGAGAAAGAGGCCCUGCAGGCGCUCACUGUUCUCGAAGCGUGUAUGAACAACUGCGGAAAAAGGUUUCACAGCGAGGCCGCCAAGUUUCGCUUUCUCAAUGAGCUCAUCAAACUCCUGACACCAAAGUACUUCGGAGCGUGGACUCCUCAGAACGUGAAGGACCGAGUGACGGAGAUCCUGUACGGCUGGACUCAGUGGCUCAAAGACGAACCCAAGAUCCUGGAGGCUUACAGCAUGCUCAAGAAACAAGGUAUUGUGAAGAAAGACCCUAAACUUCCAGACACAGUUAUAAUGGCUCCUCCAACACAGAGGAAUAAAGAGUCCAUUUUUGACCAGGAGGACAAAGCCACGCUGUUAGCCAGACUAUUGAAAAGCGCUCGUCCUGAAGACCUGGAGACCGCCAACAGACUCAUUAAGAGCACCAUCCAGGAGGAGCAGGAGAAAGCAGAGAAAGUUUCAAAGCGAGAGUCCACUCUGCAGGACGUAGAGAGCCUCACCAAGCAGCUCAGAGAGCUCCUGCAGCAAAACAGCAUCACCGGAGCCUCGCUACAGCCGAGCAACGACAUGAAGGCCCUGUAUGAUAGCUGUGACCGGCUGAGGCCCAGCUUGUUCCGUCUGGCCAGCGAAACAAUGGAAGACGACGCAGCUAUGGUGCAGAUCCUGGCGGCUAACGACGAGCUAACGCUUGUAGUCAACGAUUACAAAAACAAAGUGGGAAAGAGAGAGUGUAACGGGGGAAGAGAGAGAAGCAGAAGUGAGGACGAAAUGGGGAGGAAAAGUAAAGCUCCAAAGAGUCCCAGAGAGAUUAAGAGCUACCACCUCAUCGACCUGUCAGCUCUGGACUCUCCGCAGACCCACAGAAAAGCUGAUUCACCACCUGCCUUUGAAUCCUCUUCUCCCGUGUUUUCCUCUGUCCUGGAAAGUAGCUUCCACUCAGACGCUGAGCAGGACCUCCAUGAACCAGAGUUAAAAAAUAAACACAUCUCAAAACAAGAGUAUUCCCGGUCGUACUCUGAAGAUCUGCUGCAGCUAAACGGAGAGUUUCAGAUGAAUAACACUGAGCAGAACGGAGGCCCAGGCAUCGUGUUGAGAUCCCGUGGAUGUGGAGGCAGCAGUGCUACAUCGAAUGGGACUAACAUCUGCUCACUCUUUCACAGUCAACAGUUCACAGAGUCAGGAUCACCGGCCGAGACGCAGAAACAACUCAGUGAAAGGUCGGGAUCUCCAGAAAAUAAGGAGGGCUUGUUUUCACCAGAACUACUGAAAAGCAUCUUUGUUCCCAUGCACACCAUCAAACCCAGUAAUCUUGAGCCGAUCACUGUAUAUGAUCACGGCGGCGUUCGCUUCUCUCUACAUUUUGCUAAAGACUCUCCGCCGGGUUAUCCUGGUGUCGCUGUGGUCGUCACGUCCACCGUGAACACAUCUGCCCUUAAAGUUAAAGACGUCCUGUUUCAAGCUGCUGUUCCAAAGACCAUGUUAGUGAAACUUCAGCCGGCCUCGGGGACUCACCUUCCUCCUUACAACCCUCUCCUGCCUCCUCCUGCCAUCUCUCAGGUCCUCCUGCUGGCCAAUCCUCAGAAACGAAAGGUGCGUCUACGCUACAAGCUGACCCUGACACACGGAGACCAACAUCUGAACGAGACCGGGGAGAUCAGCAACUUUCCUGACUGGAACUCGUUGAUCAGCCACUGAAAAUACUUUGAACAAAAAUGUGGGAGAUUUGUGACACCAUCUACUGAACUCACCAAAGAAACAAACAAAUAUAUCUGUAUUUUCAGGAAUAUAAGAUGGUGUUUUCUGAUACAAUCAUGACGAAUUCAUCUUGGAAGGAUAGAAAUGAUUCUGAAAAGGAGACUAACUCUUUUUGACAGAUACAAACGUUAAAGGUUCAGGUGAUUACCUUCAGUAUUUUGCUAUUUCUGCCUCCUGCAUUAAAGUGCAGUUUGAUAUUAAAGUGUGUUUACUGUGCCAAUACUACUGACAUGCAGCUGGUUAAAUAAUGUUCAAUGCCUUCUCUCCAAGUGCCUGAAGAUGGAAGUUGUGUUUUUAAGAUGUAUUUAUUAAGAGGUCGUCUUAAGGAAUAAAUGAGUGAGAAGAUGUUUUAUAUUUGCGGGAAUUUUCCGUGCCUUUUCUUUUGCUUCAGGUUGUUCAGUUGUUAAAUAACCUCAUGGUACCAUUGCACUGACACCACGUUGUAUUCAAGUUGUGUGUUGAGCCCAGAGGAACACAGUCAUUGAAUCUGAUUCAUCCAGCUGUCAGAAGUUAAAAACUGUCUGAAUUCAAAGGUCACUUAUUACGCAAAAUCCACUUUCACAUGUCUUUCAUACAUAGACUCUGUAUUAAGAGAUUUGCAAAGUUUCAGGAAAAAAGAUCCUCUCUCUUUUUGUCCUGAUGGACUUAUAUAAAAACCUGUCUGAAAAUGA